AUGGCGAGCAUGCAGGGCCUGGCAGCGUCAGCUUCAUCGCCGGUCCUCGGAGCUCAGCCCGGUGGUCCUUGGGUCAAUCGCAAGUUUGAUCCGCUUCACACCGUGGGGAAGCAUGUGGUCAUGCCGCCAAUGAACGAAGCCGCUGCUGUCGCAUGGAAGGCACGCAGAAAGGCCACGCUGCAAGGCCAGCUGGGCACGGGCAACAGCAUCAGCUCGGUAGUCCAGUAUCCUGUCUCUACACGCGACCCGGACAACAUGUGUUCCAAUUACAAAAGGCACUUGAGUGCAGAGGAUCGACGAAUUCUUCGGGUCCGAGUGAAGCAUCACAUGCGAGGACGGCCGUCCUGGCCAAGCAGUGUCUACGAAGCAGAGAAAGUGUUGCUUCAGACGUUUGCCAAGUCUCCCGAGCUCUGCACGGCCUUCUACCUGAACAAUGACUUCUGCGAGAAGCUCUUAAGCGAGGCAGCAACUGCCUUCGAGCAUGGAGUGUACCAGGAAGCACCUGCUCACACACAGCUGAGGAUGAACAAUCCGAACUGGGAGGAGUCCGUCCAGAAUCGCGUGGCAACUGCUGCAGCAGAGGUUGUGAGAAGACUCGCCGAAAAGAGCUAG